AUGUCACGGCCUCAGCCUUUACUCUCCUUCGAGGUAGAUACCUCUGGACAAGACACUUCCCUCAAACACGACGAUUUUGAUUCAGAGGUCCGGAGAACUUGGUAUCAUUACCUACCGCUAUGUUUGCUACUUUUCCUCAUGGUAGCUCCCUAUCCUUCAUUGCUCAUUGUACUCGUAAACCACUAUCUUCUCACAUUGAACAAGCCCACCGCCUUCGUUGUUCAUUUUUUGAUCACUUUUACCCUCGAAUUCCUCGCCUUCGCCUCCCUGAUGGUUUGCGUAGUUCGUGAUCCCGGUCCAGUAUACAUGGACGCUUCCGACCACGAUCCUAUCCAUCAAACUGAAGAUAUGGGCCUCACAGAAGCUUUGAUGACCAUGGAGAAUACUGACGACGACUGUAGUCCUGACAAGUUUUGUCGGAAAUGUUGGGUACCUAAACCGGAGCGUGCGCACCAUUGCAGCGUAUGUGGCCGCUGUGUUUUGAAGAUGGAUCAUCACUGUCCUUGGCUCGGAGCUAAAUGUAUCGGACAUAGAACAUACCCAGCAUUCGUUCACUUCUUGACUUGCAUCACUGCCUUCUCCGCAUACGUCGCUACUAUAUCUAUAUCUGCAGUCUGGUGGUCUUUCGAUAACCCACUUCUGGUGCCGGACGAGUCUACUCCCGUUCAUGAAUUGUUACUCGCCGCUGCUGGCGUGAUUUUCACUCUGGUUGUUGGUUCCUUCUUGGUAUACCAUGUCUACCUCAUCACCACUAACCAGACCACUGUUGAAGCUCUGUCACCAUUCUUGUUAUUGAGAUAUAUUCCUCCGUUACCGGUGUCCAUGAAGUUGUCUGAACCUCCAAUGGAAGAAGAGCUAUCAUACAAUCAACGUAGAGUGGUCCGUGAUGCACAUAGGUUCGUGCGCAUGUACGACGUCGGAUGGCGAAGAAACUGGGCGCAAGUUUUCGGAUGGAGCAAGCCGCGAGGGUGGCUUUAUCUGCUUCUCAUUGGGGGCUCUGUGAAUGGUGAUGGGCGGUCAUUUCCACGCAAUCCACGCUCACAAGAGAUGCUAUCCCAGCUCGCGGCCCGCCUCGAGAAAGAAGCUUGA